AUGGGCACCUAUAAUGCCCAUAUUAAGCUGCAAAGUGGUAUCUUGGGUCAUAAGAUAUACAACCAGCUUGUCGUUUGGGCUAGUUCAGAUUUUGAGGUCGUAAAAGCCCGAGAUAUGGCAAGGACUCAAAAGAACAAGGCUACAGCCCAUCAUCUGGGCUUGCUUAAGGCUAAACUUGCAAAACUACGUAGAGAACUCCUUGAGCCUUCAUCAAAAGGAGGUGGUCCAGCUGGUCAAGGUUUUGAUGUUACUAAAAGUGGAGAUGCCAGAGUUGGCCUAGUGGGGUUUCCUUCAGUUGGGAAAUCUACAUUGCUAAACAAAUUAACAGGAACAUUUUCAGAGGUUGCUUCCUAUGAGUUUACCACCUUGACUUGCAUCCCAGGCGUUAUCAUGUAUAGAGGUGCUAAAAUUCAGUUGUUAGAUCUUCCUGGUAUCAUUGAGGGUGCUAAGGAUGGGAAGGGGCGAGGAAGGCAGGUUAUCAGUACUGCUAGGACAUGCAAUUGUAUCUUAAUUGUUCUUGAUGCAAUAAAGCCAAUAACUCAUAAGCGUUUGAUAGAGAAAGAGCUUGAGGGAUUUGGCAUAAGAUUAAACAAGGAACCACCUAAUCUGACAUUUAGGAAGAAGGACAAAGGUGGAAUUAAUUUCACCUCAACAGUUGCCAACACACACCUUGAUCUUGACACUGUGAAGGCAAUAUGUAGUGAAUACAGAAUUCACAAUGCUGAUAUUACAUUGAGGUAUGAUGCAACUGCUGAUGACCUUAUAGAUGUCAUUGAGGGCAGUAGGAUAUAUAUACCCUGCAUCUACGUAAUAAACAAGAUCGAUCAGAUUACCCUUGAAGAGCUGGAGAUUUUGGACAAACUUCCUCACUACUGUCCAAUCAGUGCCCACCUGGAAUGGAACCUUGAUGGUUUGUUGGAGAAGAUAUGGGAAUAUCUAGAUUUGACUCGCAUAUACACAAAGCCAAAAGGAAUGAAUCCAGACUAUGAAGAUCCUGUGAUUCUAUCAUCUAAAAGGCGGACAGUUGAGGAUUUCUGCAACCAAAUUCAUAAAGAUAUGUUGAAACAGUUUAAGUAUGCCCUAGUAUGGGGAUCAAGCGUGAAACACAAGCCCCAGAGGGUUGGCAAGGAACAUGAACUUGAGGAUGAAGAUGUUGUGCAAAUUAUUAAAAAGGUGUGAUAAAUUUGACUCAGAUUUACAGUCCUCCACUGAAUUCUACGGUUGCUAGUAGCUGAUAUGUGAGUGAGAGUACAUCCAAUUUUCUGCACUACUAAAGCAAUCAGUUGGAAGAGAAGCUCACUUUCGAGCUUAAUAGCAAUAUGGCUUGAUUUGUAAUUUAAGUUAUUUUGUGAUCAAGCACUUUUAUGUUAUUACGUACUGACAUAAUUUAGAUUGAACAAAGAAUUAAUUUCAUAAUCUUAGGAGAAAUUGAGAGCAAUAGAUCGAACUCCAAGCACGCUAUAUUUAAAAGAGCGAGCUGGAAUAUCUAUGGAGCUUAUGAUAAUUUGUCUUUGUUAAUCUCUCUCUUGUGAAGAAAAAGAUGUUCUUCAGUCAGUUCAGGUGAGUAUAUCAAUAAAUUUGAUAUAUUGAUAGGUGAAUUAA